AUGCCAACAGAAAUUAAAGAAAAAUGUGUCGAUCCGGAAGCAGAGCUCAGCAAAGUUCAGAGAACGUUCGAAAAUUUGGCACCACUCUGCAGCGUGAAGAAGCGCGCCGAGGGUAUUCCGCAACUGGCACCGCAGGAGAAACAAAUUGCAAUCCUUAAAAAUGAGAUGCGUGAAACUUUGUUGUGUAUUAAUCUCGCUAAGAAAGGACGUCAUGCCCUUCGUGAUGCAUACACCAAGAGAACCAUCCACCAUUACAUCAAGGAAUAUGAGUGUUUGGAGGUGGAACUGACAGACGAGAGGGCGCAGCAAACAGAACUGGACCUUCUGAACUAUCUUUCUCAUAAAGUUGUUGCAGAUUUAACCAAACAAGUCCCUUCGCAAUCGGAUGAGCUAGCAAUGUUAGAGAAUGCGAACAACAGUCUCCGCCGCAUGGAAAAUCGGCUAGACAUGGCUACUAAAAGGUUCUGUAUAGUCAACACGAAUAACCAGUGUCUCAGGUCCGAGAUACAUAGACUACUGGUGGAGAGAAAUGACUUCAAUAUCCUGUGGAAAAAUACUAUAGACAGGCUUAUGAAAGGAAAGGUAUACUUGAUGGAUAUCUUGGAGAUAGCUAGCAAUGUUUUUAUGGAAAGAGAUGAGUGUUGUAGAAAACUGGAAGAUUUGAAGUGGAGGGGGCUAAUGCAGCUCAACAAAGAUAUUUCAGAAAUGAAAGCUUAUGAAUUUGAAUUAAAUCACCUUGCAAAGCUGGAAGAAUUUCUGAGGGUCAAGGGUUCUCUAAAAAUUUGCGAGGCCGAUGAAAUAGAAGAAGCGAAAAGAUUAGAAGAGAUCGCCAGGUGUGAACAAGAGAUUGCACGACACGACACUCUUCUUGAAGAAAUAUUUGAAUACACUGGAUGUGAUAGAGUAGCAACUAUCAUUAGGAAAUUCAAAAAUAACGAGACAGAAACAUGUUCCAUGUUCAUUUUGUUGUGUGAAAUACUUCAAGAGUCCAUAAAGCUAAGGCAUGAGAUUGAAGACUUAAGGAAUAAAACUAUGGAUUUUCGUGACUGGAACGAGGCGCGUGACGAGAAACAAGAUAGAGAAAUUGCAGCCCUGAAUGAGAAGCUAAAUCAACAACGACAGAUAACUCAGAUGAUGAGAGAGAAAGUAGAAAUCGGAGAAGUUUUGUUCAGUAAAGUGCUGAAAGGAAUUGAAGAUUUGGUUAGGCUUGUUAAAUGUGAAGUUACGCCGUUACUGAAACUCUUGGGCAAUCAGAAGGAGGUGACAAGGUGGAACGUAUACAGGUUUAUUAAAAUCCUAGAGAUGGAGGUCAAGAGUAUUGUCCAAGUCGUAUAUGGUGCUGUGAAGCCACCAGCACCUACACCCAAGAGUCGCAAACAAGAGCCAACCAAAAAGCUCGUUGCAGACCCACACGUAGAGUUCAUCCGACCAAAUCGUAUCGAAAAGCUGGUGCCAUAUCAACCAUGUGCUUAUUGCGUUGAGGACUACAUUAUGAACUUAGUAUUUGAAACUCCAGCAGUUCCAGCCGAUAAGAAGUAUGUGGAAAGUAUAUUCCGUCUUGAGGACGUCAAUACCAAUUUCGGAAUAUUUACCCUAACUAUUCCAGCAAAACGACAUCCAUUCAGAGGUUCAAAGAAAAAUUAA